CUGUCAGGCUUCUUUCUCGAAAAUUUGAAAAAAAUUAGCAGCAAGAAUUUGAAGAAAGAGCUCUGGUUGUCUGUGGCGCAGCUAAGUUCUUUCGCCUUCGAUCCGCGCGCUCUCUAGGGGCUGGUCUGGUAGGCGCCUCCCUGCGCCUGCCGGCCCGCUUCGCAUUUCUUGCCCAUGGCAAAAGCAUGGAGCGUCGGCGCAUGGGCCGCCGACGCUGAAGAAGCAGAGGAGGCAGAGAAAGCAGUCCCUAUCGGGAAGAAUGCGGAGGCCUUUCCUUCGCUGGGGGAGGCCUUGGCAGCGGCCCCCAAGAAGAAGAAGGACAAGAAGCAGACAAUGUCCUUGUCCGAGCUCAUGACGGGCAAGUAUGUUGGCCCAGGGGGCAGGGCGCGCACCUCCGGAACUGGGGGUGAGGUCGGCUUCGACGUCAUCAUGAACCUGCCCAAGGGUCCCAGGGAGAGGGAUCCCGAGGAGGACGCCGCCAACGGCCUCGGGGGUGCGUUCAAAGACUACGGCGGUUUCCGUGGGGGAGGUGACCGGGACCGCCGAGACGAUGACCGGAGGGGAGGGCGCCGUGGGUUUGACGAUGACGGCGAGGGGGAUGCGGGGAUGCCCUCAAGAGCUGAUACUGAGGACGACUGGGGCAAGUCCCGCAAGUUUGUGCCGAGCACAGGGGGCCCGCGGGGACCGCCCCCGAGAGGCCGGUUUUGGCGGUCGGGGGGGGGCUUCAGCGACCGCUACGAGGACGACCGGCGAGGGGGGGGGUUCAGCGAUGGCCCGUCCAAGGCAGAUGAGGUUGACAAUUGGGGCAGGGAGAAGAAGUUUGUGCCGAGCACUGGCGGUAGGUCGGGAGGGUUUGGCGGCGGCGGGGGGGGCUUCAGCGACAGCGGAGACCGGUGGGGGCGCAGGGAGGAGGCGCCACCUGUCAGCAGCGCGAGCCGGCCUAGCGAGCGCCCCCGCCUGGCAUUGCAGAAGAGGUCCGCGCCGGCGGACGCUCCGGUGGCAGGAGCAGUGGAGAACGGGGAAGCGAAGGCGGCGCCGCCUAAGCCGAAGUCCAAUCCGUUUGGUGCUGCGCGGCCGCGUGAGGAGAUUCUGCAGGAGAAGGGCCAGGACUGGAAGAAGAUUGAUGACGAGCUUGAGAAGAAGAAGUCUGCGGGCCCCACCCCUCCCGGCAGCACGAGCGGGGGGUCCAGCCGCGGGUCUUCGCCACCCCCCGUUGCAAAGCCGAAGCCGAAGCCAAACCCGUUCGGGGCGGCGCGCCCAAGGGAGGAGGUGCUCCAGGAGAAGGGAGUCGACUUCAGGAAGGUGGACCUGGAGUUGGAGCACAAGCGGGUGCAGCGGGACGAAACCCCCGAAGAGGUGGCCCUCAAGAAGGAGAUUGAGGAGCUGCGGUUGAAGCUGCAGGGGGGGUCAGAGGCGCCCCCGGCUGAGGCUGCUGAAGGGGGGGAGGAGAAGGAGAACGGCGUGCACGAAGAUAAGGACGAGAGCGUUCAGACGGAGAUUGCAAAGAAGGAGAAGGAGCUGGACGACUUUGUUCGGAAGCUCGACGAUAAGGUGCGCUUCUCCAAGGCCACUGACAAGCCCGUCAAGGAGCGCGACUGGCGCGACGUCAAGGCGCAAGCGCCCCCGCCGGCCGCAAAGUCCGGCGCAAAGAAAGAUGCGGAUGCAGGCCAAGCCGUCAGCCCACCGAGCGCUGCGGCCCCGCCCUCGCCGGCUGCUGACGCCAGCAAGAACGCAGGUGACGUCAGCAAAAAGCCCGCCGCGAUUGACGUCAGGAAGGAGGGGGGAAAGCGGGACAGCGGGGCGGCGUCGCCCUCGGUGGCAAAGGAGUCUCCGAAGGUGGUAAAGAAAACCGAGCCGGUUAAGAAGGCGGUUACAGCGGAGCCCACAAUUGUGAAGGGGGGGUAUGGGGCCCUGCAAGAGGAGGGGGGGGAUGCGGAAGAGGAGGAGGUCGAGGAACAAGGGGAGAGCCAAGAGGAGCCCCCCAAAGCACCCGAGGCGAACAGUGUGAAUAAGGCCGAGGGUGUGAAUAAGCCUGAGGCGCAGGAAAGCGGGCGCGGGUGGGAACAGGUGGUCAAGGGGGCCGGCAAGCGCUAGGCUAGCGGGGCUUGUGGUUCCCAGUCUGACAGUUGAAGCGUCGAGACGUUUGUUGCCCGUUUGAGUAUUGGAGAGGGCAGAGCUGUGGCAUGAGUGUUUUUCUUUAAGAGCGAGAAGGUCAUGGGCUUAUGAUAAGGAGGCGUUUGAGAGCCGGGAUGGGCACGGGGGGGCUCACCGUCUUUAGGGUACCGACUGCAAACUCAUUUUUAGUUACGCCGUUUACCAGGUUCUGCAGUCAGUUUGUGACUCAUAACAUCAAUUUGCGUUGGAGCUAAAACGUAGGUGCGAGCUGAACAGUGAGGGCGCAUGAAUUCGUUUCUAUUCCCCGGACUUGAGCCAUGUGUAAGACAAGCUGUCGUCUGCAAGGUAUCACAGCGCCACUUUGCACGUGUCGACCUCGCUGCACCACCGUCUCUGCAAAGUGUAAAGCUCAUUGUGCUAUUUGCUACGGGGCACCCAAGCUUGUGAGACAUGCCAGCUCUGAGUCUUAUGCUGAUAGCCAAGCGAAGUACCAGC